UAACCGUAUCUCUGCUGAAAUGAAAGAUGUGGAACUUAAAUUACUGUGGUUUACUUUAGGCUGUUUUUCGAAUUACUAGAAAUUCAAACUUUCGGAAUGUUUUCCACACAACGACCUUCUAAUUUAAUUUACUUAAUAGCAGUUUUAAUUGUUGUCAGAAGAACUGCAUCAAUAACAACAGAAACUCCAACUACAACUACAAGUACAGAAAAUGAAACAACUGUAAGUACAACCAGUGAAAUAACAACAGUUAUGUCCUCAACCUCCACAAGUGAUGCUACAAUGACAUCGACCGAGACAGAAACUGCCGAGACGACAACUGAGGCUUCAGAUGGAACGACACAAUCAACAAGUUACCAAACUAUAACAACAAUAACAACAGCAACUGGUGAUAAAAAUGAUACUGGAGUGACACAGGAUGCUACAACAGUACCUAUCGGCACAGAAACAUCACAGACACAAGAAACAACUGUAAUAAGUAUCAUCACAACAACUGAAGAAACAGAAACAACCUCCAGUGAUCCAACGACAUCUUCACCUCAUAGUACAAGUGAAAUAUCAACAGACGAAACAACUCUUGACAGCACAACUUUUGAAACGACACAACCAUCUAAUGAAAUAACCACAACAUCUGAUAAUACAACAACAAGUGCGCCAGACACAACAACUGCACAGCCCAGCACGACUGAGGAACAAGGUACCACAGAGAUAACAAAUCAAACCACAACCUCGACCGAUAGUGUCGACAGUACAACUGAAAUGACAUCAACUCUUGAAUCAACCACUCAGCCGAUUGUAACAACAACAAAGAAAAAUCAUAUUGAGGCUAUCUAUCCAAGCAUUGAAAACGCUGUGCUGGAUUUUACAUAUAGGCUACAAUUUAAAGACUGUUCAUACAAUAAAACAUCAAUAGAGAAAGAGCUUGCAGUUGUUACAAGUACUGUGUAUGGAUGCGAGUACAUCAGAGUAAGAAGCAUAAAAAGCUGUGUCUCUGGGCGGAAUAAAAGGUCAACAACAGAUACAUAUGUUUCAGUUGACACUACGUUCGGCAUUGAUGCAGAGAUCGGAGUAGUAAAUGGUUCAGGUGUAUCCAUUGAAUUGUACACUGUCUUAUUAAAUAUACCUGGAAUUGAUGAAGCUUAUCUAAAUAAUUCAAGAAAUAAUUUUAGUGACGCGUUGACGUCACAGUCUAUAUGUGACGCCGAUUCCUGUAGGAGUGCGCUGAUUGGUCGACCAGGAUAUAUAUGCGUCAAAGAGAAUAUCAACAACACGCAGAGAUGUGCAAUAAUGUAUUUCUGUUACAGUCGUCCUAUUGACUGUGGGGGAAAUGGAGAAUGCUACGUGGAAACUGAGAUUCGCUCUGGACAAACCUCCUACAUUUCUAAAUGCAGAUGUAAAACAGAAGAGUACUAUAGGUAUGAAGGCACAAACUGUGCAGACAGAGUGAUCACAUGGCAACUGGCUGUUAUAAUCUGUAUUUCCGGUGCUGCAGCACUAGUUCUCAUUCUUCUGUUCGUCAUCAUAUCCCUCUGUUGUAGAAACUCCUCAAACUCUGCUGACGUGAGCUUUGAUGAGUCUGAAUUGAUAUACAGUCCAUCAGGGAUAACCAGCGUUAAUCAAUAUAAAAACGGAAGAUCCAGAGAUUCUUCUAAGGGGAUACAGAAUGGGUCUUACAUGGAGGUCGGAGAAACCUCAGCAGGUGGGAGCUGGAGACCCGAGGACAGUGCUAACACGUACGCUAAUAUAGAUUCCAAGUUACGAGAAUCUAAUUAUAAAAUACAGAUAAAAAGACCGCAAGUUUCGCAGUAUCGAAAGUCAGAUGAAAUCACCGAGUUUUAAAGACAAUCAAUCAAACAAGUAUCUAAUCAACAUAAAGGACAAGGAACAUAUAGAUACGUUAUAGCUGUCUAGAACAGUUGGGGUUUUCCAAAGAUGAUUACAUGCACGUGAAACAUAUUUCAUUUUUUAAAUUGAAAGUACACCGUGUGAAGUAAUAAUAAAACAUGGUCAGCAGAAAAUCAUUUAUCUUUAAUGAUUAUAUGUUUAUAAGACUGUUCGUAAUCUCCAUAUUGCUGUAACGAAAAUGUAUUGUCCGUGUGAUUUCAACGGCAGAGGCUGAAUUUAAAGUUACUUUCAUUGUAAAAUGAUUAUUUAUAUUUUCGUUUUAUUGUACUCGUUAUGUAUAAUGUAAAAAAAAAUGUGCCUUCGUUGAUUUUUUUUUAAAUUGUUACAUUCUCUUAAGUUUGUUUUAACACAAGUCUAACCGUAAUAUUUGUGUGAUGUCUCAUUUAUCUGCAAUGAUCUGCCCGACAUACUUUUAUUUUUCGAAUUGUCAUAUGUACUUUUGUUUGUUUCUAAACUUCUCCAAUUUUAAGGUACUUACAUGUACUAUAUUUAGCUAUAAAAAGUAUUGUAAUUAAUUGCAUAUUGUGCCUCUUUUUCUUUCAUAUUAAGUUUAUACUAAUUAAAAGUUUUGGUCCUAUUCACAUUUAAAAUAAGAAUUUAGACAGACAUGCAUGAUUUCAUAGUUAGCCGUUUUCUUUCUUUCUUCCUUACCUUAUUUUUUUCACUUAUACAUACCUUCAGCAUCUAAAAAAUGAAACUUUAUAUUUCAUGUACAAUUUGCAAUGUUUUAGACUGUUUUUAAGCUUGUGGUGGAAAUUUCAUUCCAAAAUCAUCAAUUAUUUUGUAGCAAAUUGUAUAUUGUUUAAAAUAUUGU